UUCGCCCGCCCCCUGGCCAGGGCCGCCUUCCCGGGCGUAGGGCUCCGCGGGCCCCAGCUCUCCCCGCGGCUCCCGGGCAACUUUGCUGCGCGCCGGGGAGGCCCAGCAUCGCGGCCGGCAAGAUGGACUCCGGCACCCCACCUCCUAGCCCCUCUGGCCCACCACUUCCAUCUAUGACGCAGCCCCAAGUCCGGUCUCGGCUCAAUGCCACCGCCUCGCUGGAGCAGGAGAGGAGCGAUGUGCCUAGAGUUUCCAGACCCCAGACUGACCCCAACCUUGGACCAAGUGCUGGGGAAGCAGCUGCCCCGAUGGAGCCUCAGGUCACACACACACAGACCCGAGAAGGAGCCGGCCGAGCUGGUCCUGUGAAGGCUGAUGUGGAAAUCCCCUUUGAGGAAAUCCUGGAGAAAGCCAAGGCUGGAGACCCCAAGGCACAGACAGAGGUGGGCAAACACUACCUGCGACUAGCCAACGACGCAGACGAAGAACUCAACAGCUGCUCAGCAGUGGCCUGGUUGAUCCUGGCUGCCAAACAGGGCCGGCGAGAGGCGGUGAAACUGCUUCGGAGGUGCCUGGCGGACAGGAAAGGCAUCACUUCUGAGAAUGAGGCCGAGGUAAAGCAACUGUCCUCCGAGACUGACCUGGAGCGGGCCGUGCGCAAGGCCGCCCUGGUCAUGUACUGGAAGCUCAACCCCAAGAAGAAAAAGCAGGUGGCCGUGUCAGAGUUGCUCGAGAACGUGGGCCAGGUCAACGAGCAGGAUGGAGGGGCACAGCCAGGCCCAGUCCCCAAGUCCCUGCAGAAGCAGAGGCGCAUGCUGGAGCGCUUGGUCAGCUGUGAGUCCAAGAACUACAUUGCGCUGGACGACUUCGUGGAGAUCACCAAGAAGUAUGCCAAGGGCAUCAUCCCCAGCAACCUGUUCCUGCAGGAUGAUGAUGAGGACGAGGAUGAGCUGGCCGGAAAGAGCCCAGAAGACCUGCCGCUGCGCCACAAGGUGGUGAAAUACCCCUUGCAUGCCAUUAUGGAGAUCAAAGAGUACUUGAUCGACGUGGCCUCCAAGGCAGGCAUGCACUGGCUGUCCACCAUCGUGCCCACACACCACAUCAAUGCCCUCAUCUUCUUCUUCAUCAUCAGCAACCUGACCAUCGACUUCUUUGCCUUCUUCAUCCCCCUGGUGGUCUUCUACCUCUCCUUUGUGUCCAUGGUCAUUUGCACGCUCAAGGUGUUCCAGGACAGCAAGGCCUGGGAGAACUUCCGCACACUCACCGACCUACUGCUGCGCUUCGAGCCCAACCUGGACGUGGAGCAGGCAGAGGUCAACUUCGGCUGGAACCACCUGGAGCCCUAUGCCCACUUCCUGCUCUCCGUCGUCUUCGUCAUCUUCUCCUUCCCCGUGGCCAGCAAGGACUGCAUCCCCUGCUCGGAGCUGGCCGUCAUCUCCGCCUUCUUCACAGUGACCAGCUACAUGAGCCUGAGUAGUUCCGCUGAGCCCUACACCAGGCGGGCCCUGGUCACUGAGGUGGCCGCUGGGCUGCUGUCCCUCCUCCCCACCAUGCCUGUGGACGGGCGCUUCCUAAAAGUGCUCGGGCAGACCUUCUUCACCGUGCCCAUCGGCCACUUCGUCGUCUUCAACGUCAGUGUCCCUUGCCUGCUCUAUGUCUACCUCUUCUACCUCUUCUUCCGCAUGGCUCAGCUGAGGAACUUCAAGGGCACCUACUGCUACCUAGUGCCCUACAUGGUAUGCUUCAUGUGGUGUGAGCUGUCCGUGGUCAUCCUUCUCCAGUCCACCGGCCUGGGCCUGGUCCGAGCCUCCAUCGGCUACUUCCUCUUCCUCUUCGCCCUCCCCAUCCUGGUGGCCAGCCUUGCUCUCAUGGGUGUGGUGCAGUUUGCCCGCUGGUUCCUGUCCCUGGACCUCACCAAGAUCAUGGUUACCACGGCGAUCUGUGGUGUGCCUCUGCUCUUCCGCUGGUGGACCAAGGCCAGCUUCUCGGUGGUGGAGAUGGUCAAGUCCCUGACUCGGAGCUCCAUGGUCAAGCUCAUCCUGGUGUGGCUUACAGCCAUCCUACUCUUCUGCUGGUUCUACGUGUACCGAUCAGAAGGCAUGAAGGUCUACAACUCCACACUCACCUGGCAACAGUACGGCUUCCUGUGUGGGCCCCGGGCCUGGAAGGAGACCAACAUGGCACGCACUCAGAUCCUGUGCAGCCACCUGGAAGGCCACAGGGUCACGUGGACAGGCCGCUUCAAGUAUGUCCGGGUGACCGAUAUCGACAACAGCGCAGAGUCAGCCAUCAACAUGCUCCCCUUCUUCCUGGGCGACUGGAUGCGCUGUCUGUAUGGCGAGGCCUACCCGUCCUGCAGCCCGGGUAACACGUCCACAGCUGAGGAAGAGCUCUGCCGCCUCAAGCAGCUGGCCAAGCACCCCUGCCACAUCAAGAAGUUCGACCGCUACAAGUUCGAGAUCACAGUGGGCAUGCCCUUCGGCACCAACGGCAACCGCGGCCACGAGGAGGAUGACAUCACCAAGGACAUCGUGCUGCGGGCUAGCAGCGAGUUCAAGGAUGUGUUACUCAACCUGCGCCAGGGCAGCCUCAUCGAGUUCAGUACCAUCCUCGAAGGCCGCCUGGGCAGCAAGUGGCCUGUCUUCGAGCUUAAGGCCAUCAGCUGCCUCAACUGCAUGACACAGCUGUCCCCGGCCCGGCGGCAUGUGAAGGUGGAGCAGGACUGGCGCAGCACCGUGCACGGCGCCCUCAAGUUCGCCUUCGACUUCUUCUUCUUCCCGUUCCUGUCGGCCGCCUGAGGGGCGCCCACUGCUGGAGGAGACUGGGGUGCAUGUCGUUCUGAGGCCUUCCCCAUGUGACCGCCCAGUUAGCUGGCACAGUGCUGUGCUAAGCAUGUGUGCGUGUGUGUGCCUACUGUGUGCGCUCACCUGGAUAGAUCCCAGCACGAGGACCCUGUGCUCACUUGUAGACUGCAUACCCCACUGGAGGGUGACUCCCUUCAGUGCUGUUCACUUCCUAUGCCAAGCGUCAUAGGAAAUUGCAUGCCAUCUUCACCAGGGCCAGGCGCCAGAGGCCCUGUGUCCUGAAGAGCACUUUCCAGAUAGGAGCCCCCCUCCCCCACCCCACAUGCCCUGCUGCCCUCCCUUUAUGUUGGAUUUGUUUUUUGAAGAACCAGAUACGUUUCUGUGUAGUUUUCAUGGUAACAUUUCUUAUUUAUUUGGUUUGUUGCUGAGCCUUGACAGCUGCUCACCUUUCUGGGCUGUCCCCAGUGACCUGCACCCUGUCCGUGGUCAGGUCCUGGGUGUUUUCCUGCCUGGAGGCCUGGGAGGCAGCUGUGGGCAGAGCAUGUCCGUGCUGGGGUCUGGACAUCUGCCUAGAGGCUCUUCUGUGGGAGUUUGUGAGGGCCUUGUGGACUGGGUAGCAGCUCAGUAGCACCCCCUUUCAGUGCGCAUAGCCUUGUUUAGUACCACAGAGGCAAAGACAAGGUCCUAAAGCAGCCGAAAUAAACAGCUCCGGUGAAUCUGCA